UUCAUGAAAUCAAUCGAUAUAUUUUUUAUUAGUUCUUUUAUUCAAGACCCAUUUGUCAAUCGAUAUCUAGUACACCUUAACUGCAAUUGUGCUCUUUGGAAUGAAUUACAUACUUCGCAAAAACUUACUCGAAGAUCCUUCCUUAGUUUUGCCUCACCACAACCUAAACCAGCUUAUUCACCACAUCGCCAUUUCCAGGUCCACAUUCGCAUCCCUUCGAUAUGAAUUCCGUUCCCUCUGUGCGUGCAUAUCCCGACUAGCAAACCAAGACUUGGGGAGAACACCACACCAAAGCGAAAAUGUCGAAAAAUGGGAGGAGGCAAUUUUCCCUUGCUGGCUUCUAGCUGCAUCUAUCUCGCAUUUCCAUCUUUCCACUCUGCCUAAUAUUCUCCCUUCACUUUUUUUUUUCAUUUUUUUCGGAAACAUUGAUUUCCCUCCCUGCCCUCCAUGCUUGCAUGUUUCAAUUAGGCGCAGUCGGUAUACCGACCUACAAGAAAGUGACAAAAAUUCCUCCCUUCCUAAAAGGGAUGUCGUCGUCUUUGCGGUCCCUUCAUCCCUGUAGGUUUACGCUGAGUUUCCUAGUUUCCUAGUGUCGCUAUUGUUUGGUUUGUGUUAAAUUUGUUGAUUUUGCGUCUGGGAUGUUCAGUUUGCAGCUGGAGUGCCAAGUGUAAGCAACCUUCUGUGAUUUUGAGAUUAGGGCUUUUCUUUGCGGGAGCGUGCGCGCACAUUCGAUCGACGUUUCGGUUGACCUUCUUGAGGGUUUGUUUUUGUGAAAAAUCAUGUCUGUUAAAUCGGUUGCACCCCCACAAACCUACUCGCGGUUGUUCCGCCCGUGGGAUGGUGCCGUGAACAAACUCGGAUCAAGUCCCAGUAAAUCCAGUGAUUGUGAUAGUGAAGAAACGAUCAAAAGUGAACCUUAUGAAAUGAGAAUAAACUCGCGUCUGGGUAUGGAGAGCCCGGUUUCGUCCGAACCUAAGUCACCAGCGUUCAGUCCAAUGAAGUUACCGCUGGCAGGAACUCCCGAACUGGAUAUCGGGGCAGCGUUUCUUGGACACCCUUCAGAUUUGGCGUCCUACUAUUACUACUACAGUCAGCAGAAACUGGGCGUUGAACUGCUACCACCAGGGUUCAACUUCUCAGGAUUACCUAUCGAUCCGCUAACCUAUGAGCAAAUGGAGCAGGAAUACUUCCGAGUGCUCAGUGAAGAUGCCAAAGCCAAACUACUCAGCAGUCGUAAGCAACGGCCGAAGAAGUUCAAGUGUCCACACUGUGAUGUAGCCUUCUCCAACAAUGGCCAACUGAAAGGUCACAUCCGGAUUCACACCGGAGAACGCCCCUUCAAGUGCGACGAUCCGGGUUGUGGGAAGACGUUCACCCGUAAUGAGGAGCUAACCCGGCAUAAGAGGAUCCACACCGGGAUUCGUCCGUACGCUUGUCAAACCUGUGGCAAGAAGUUCGGUCGUCGGGAUCAUCUGAAGAAGCACACCAAAACGCACAUGCCCCAGGAGCGGUACACGUACGGGCUGGCACCGGUUCCGGCGGCAAUGCUGAUGCCCAUGUACUCGGCGGCCGCAGCUGCCGCCACGCAUCUGUACGGAUAUUGAUGGAACAAGUGGAGGUGUAGUUUUGAGUGGGAACUUUGUUAUAAGUGAUAUAAUGGGACCAGUGAAUAUGCUAUAGUGGGGAACGGGAAUCUAACUAUUUUUGAGAGAAGAUUUUAUGACUGAUGUGAAUAUUUUGUAUAGAAGAUGGACUUAUUGUUAGUUUUAUAGUA